UUUUUUCUCAAGUUGAGAGCUCACUUUUGUUAUCUUCCUCUUUUUAGCUCUCUCGUGGCUUGUAAGCAACAACAACAACAAUAGCAAGUUGCUGCAGCCUAAUUCAUUAUAAAUUCUCUUUCACAGUGUUUGAUUGAUAUGACAUCCUUCUUGCUUUUCUAAUUGCCAACAAAUUUUAUCAAAAGUCAUAGGUAGAGGCCAUGGAUAGGACUAGUUCUAGUCUUGACUCCCACAGAGUAUUAUAUUUGUUGCCUUCAUUAAUUUAUGUGUUCUUGAGCUUUUUGCCAGCGCAAUCAGCUCCUCAGUCCGCUCUCAUUACCCAGAUUCCUGGCUUCAGCGGCACUCUUCCUUCAAAACACUAUUCUGGGUAUGUGACAAUUGACCAAAGUCAUGGGAGGAACCUGUUUUACUAUUUCAUUGAAUCCGAAAGGAAGCCGUCGGAGGAUCCAGUGGUUCUGUGGCUGAAUGGUGGACCUGGAUGCUCCAGCUUUGAUGGCUUUGUCUACGAGCAUGGGCCAUUCAAUUUUGAAGCCAAGACCAAGGGAAGUCUGCCCCAACUGCACCUUAAUCCAUACAGCUGGUCAAAGGUUUCCAACAUUAUAUAUUUGGAUUCUCCUGCUGGCGUUGGUUUUUCUUACUCAGAAAACAAAACUGACUAUUAUACUGGUGAUCUAAAGACUGCCUCUGAUAGCCAUACGUUUCUUCUAAAGUGGUUUGAACUUUACCCGGACUACCUCUCCAACCCAUUCUUCAUUUCUGGUGAGUCAUAUGCUGGAGUCUACGUGCCAACACUUUCUUCUGAAGUGGUGAAAGGAAUCGAUGCCGGUGUAAAGCCCAUUCUCAACUUCAAGGGUUAUCUGGUGGGAAAUGGAGUUACGGAUGAUAAAUUCGAUGGUAAUGCUCUUGUUCCAUUUGCACAUGGAAUGGGACUGAUAUCAGAUGAUCUAUAUGAGGACGUUAACAAGGAGUGUGGAGGAAACUACAUUUACCCAGUCAAUGAUGCUUGUGGGAGCAAGCUUGAGAAAGUUGACAAGAACAUAGAAGAAUUGAACAUAUAUGACAUUCUAGAACCAUGCUAUCACGGCACAGAUUCAAUGAAGAUUAAGACAACUACAAACAGUAGAGUGCCAUCUAGCUUUCGACGGUUGGGUGAGACUGAAAGGCCUCUUGCUGUGAGAAAAAGGAUGUUUGGUCGUGCCUGGCCUCUUAGAGCUCCCGUGAGAGAUGGAAUUGUUCCAACUUGGCCAGAACUUAUGAAUAGCGAAGACGUUCCAUGUACUGAUGAUGAGGUUGCUACUUCAUGGUUGAACAAUGAAACAGUUAGAAAGGCAAUCCAUGCAGCAGGGGAAAGCUUGGUACCUAGUUGGGAAUUGUGUACUGGCGGAAUCAGAUUUACUCAUGAUGCUGGGAGUAUGAUCAAGUACCACAAGAACCUCACUGCAAAGGGUUAUCGGGCACUUAUAUAUAGUGGUGAUCAUGAUAUGUGUGUACCUUUCACUGGGAGUGAAGCAUGGACUAGAUCACUUGGUUAUAAGGUUGUGGAUGAAUGGAGGCCAUGGACUUCCAAUGGACAAGUUGCUGGGUAUACACAAGGGUACGAAAACAACCUUACCUUCCUAACCGUAAAGGGAUCAGGACAUACCGUUCCAGAAUACAAACCGCGGGAGGCGUUUGAUUUAUUUAGCCGGUUUUUGGCUGGACAACCACUAUAAGAGAGAGAGCAGUGCUGCUAUUUAUUGCCUUUGCUGCACAAGCUUAUAGUGAAUAAACAAUAUGAUCAAAUGAACUGUGUUGUAGUUGUCUAUUAAAUCAAACCAGUCUUCUGAUUGUUACUUCUAUAUGAAACAUUAAAUUAAAAUUUCAGAUAGACAA